AGAGAAAGCCGGUUUCCCCUCAAGCACAGAUGGCCGCUGAUAUAUAGCUCCGAGGCGAAAGCUGAUGCAACACCAACCGAGAUAACACAAGCAGCAUCACUGGAGCUCGAAGCCGGAAGCGGCAUCUUAUUCUCACCGCCGCACGUCAGACACGAGUUACCGACUGCUUUCAGGCCUGAAGAUUAACCGGUACCAGCAUGCCUGUCAUCAGAACCCUCAGCAAGGUGGCCAAGCAGAUCCUGCUCAGCACCCCGGGGUGCGGUUGUCAGCCCCUCACGGUGGCUGUACGCAACAUCAGCUUCUCCCCCCGGCAGGUGACUUCUGAUGCCAGCUUCCAUUCCGUGUCCUUCUCAGAAACGGACCACCCCAAGGUGCUCAUUACAGGUGGCCUAGGACAGCUCGGGGUGGGGCUCGCAAAAAUGUUGAGAAAGAGGUUUGGGAAGAACAACGUCAUUCUGUCUGACAUCAGGAAACCUCCAAGCAGCGUUUUCCACAGCGGCCCCUUCAUCUACUCCGACAUCUUGGACUACAAGAACCUGCGGGAAAUUGUGGUGAACAACCGCAUCACGUGGCUGGUUCACUACAGCGCCCUCCUCAGUGCGGUGGGGGAGGCGAACGUAGCCCUGGCGCGCUCUGUAAACAUCACCGGGCUUCACAACAUCUUGGACAUCGCAGCGGAGCACGGCUUGCGCCUGUUCGUCCCCAGCACCAUCGGGGCCUUUGGUCCCACUUCUCCCCGUAACCCUACACCUGAUCUCUGUGUGCAGAGACCUCGCACCAUCUACGGCGUCUCCAAAGUCCACGCUGAGCUGAUGGGAGAGUAUUACCACCACCGCUACGGCCUGGACUUCCGCUGUCUCCGUUACCCAGGAAUCAUCUCUGCUGACUCCAUGCCAGGGGGCGGCACGACAGACUACGCUGUCCAGAUUUUCCACGACGCAAUCAAGAGCAGCAAGUUCCAGUGCAACUUGAGACCCGACACGCGGCUGCCCAUGAUGUACAUUGACGACUGCUUGCGCGCCACGCUGGAGGUGAUGGAGGCGCCGGUUGACACGCUGACCAUGAGGACCUACAACAUCAACGCCAUGAGCUUCAGCCCCGAGGAACUGGCCCAGGAGCUCCAGAAGCAGAUGCCCGAGCUGGAGGUCACGUAUGACAUAGACCACGUACGGCAGGCCAUCGCUGACAGUUGGCCGAUGAACUUCGAUGAUUCCAAUGCACGGAGAGACUGGGGCUGGAAGCACGACUACGACCUGCCGGAGCUCGUCCAGACGAUGCUUAACUUCUUUGACGCAGAGUCGCGCAUGGCUGGUGCUAACUGAGGGCGCGCGACAUCUUGAGUAUUCUUUGUACUUAAUGUAAAGACUCACCAAAGGGAGUAGAGAAACUUUGACCUGUACAUGGUCGUUCUCUCGCUUCUCUCUCUCUCAAAUCAAAAGGGCUCUGCAUAGCUGGCUCAAGGCCACCGCAUCUUCAGAAUGCAACGCUCAGCGCGGGCUCGACAAUCCUCCCCGCUCCUGUCUAGCUACUCCUGCUGUGCUCUUUUUUUUUUUUUUUUUUCCUCUCUCUUUUUUUUUUCUUCCUCGUUUCUUUCUGCUUGGAGAUCUGUGGCCGAAAAGCAGUUUGUCAGUGGAAGUUUGCCAUCGGGGGCAACAACGAGGCCUGUGAAAACCUGUUUGGAUGAAAAAGAAGAUGAAUGACUUGCAUGUUUAUGAAUUGCGCAACAUUGUUGCAAAGAAAAUCUAUUUAACACUAAUGUUGCAUCGCGUAUUCGUUAAUGUUGCAUUGUGUAUUUGUUCCCAUCCAUUCUUAAGAAUUGUUCUUCUGUUUAUUCCACGUACAAUUAUUUAUUCUGUCUAUAUGGUGAAAGCCUUUCUUAACCCAGUUUCCGAGUAUUCCUGUCCACUUUUAAGUUUGACUGUUUUUCAUCAACUGUGUGGGAUUAUCAUGGCGCAAAGAAAAAUGUGACUGCCACAUUUACAUUUGGUGGUUUCUGUAUUUCAACAUUUUAUGAGAAAUGCUGUGAUUGGUUUCUAUCUGAAAACUGUUCUUUGAAUCGCAGAACAAGCUUUGACAAUAAAACCCCUUUUUCCACACAC